AUGGCGGAUACGGUUGGGCAUAACAAUUCGUCUAAAUGUCGCUGUUGCCAUCAAUAUAUUGAUAAAAUAAAACAUGCGGUCAAUCUUUUUGGAGAUAAAUCUCUUAAGAAAGGUAUAAAAGAGGGUUUGGAGUUAUAUAGUGGUAUUCGCGUUAAGGAAAAUGUAAAUAUUGAUGUGCUAUCAUACGUCUGCCAACAAUGCUAUACUCUCAUUUAUUCCAUUGUGGAACGAAUUAAAAAAUUGUGUGGUAUUUGUUCUCAAUCGUCAGUUGCAGGAAAACGUUCAGUUUGCCAACAAAGCCCUUCACAAUUGACACUUUCACCAUCAUGCAGAACACUUCUACAUAAACGUCAACAAGAACAAUCUGCCGACAUAAGACAUUGUCUUUUCCCACCCAUUCUUUCCUCUGACAUCUUGCCAAGGCCAUUGAGGCCAAUACAAAUGGACACAGUUAAUCAGGUACGAUUGCAUUUACUAACAAUGUUUAUCUCGACAAAAUAAACAAUAUAAUUUGAGUAACAUGUCAUCGUUAUAUAAUAAUGUUCGUAGUUAAAUACAAGGUCAAAAUUAUUGUACAUUUUGUAAUAUAAUUGCAAAUAUUAUAUAAAUACUCGUACUGGCAUACUGCAGUAUGUACAGUGUAUUUAUGUAAUGUUUUACUCAGUGACCAAUGUUUACGUAUGCGCCUUUUCACUUUUGAGGACAUCUAUGUUAAGUUAUGAUAUAAAGGUAUGUAGACAAUGUCAUUUGUUGUUUUUAGUCUGAAACAACAAAACAAAAUGCUGUACUUGAUGGGAAGGGGAUUCUGAAAGAAAGUGGCCUUAGAAAUCCAAAGGUAUUUUUUGCUAUAGCUUUGCCAACCCAAGACUUGGAAGUUUAUAUCUCGCAGUGGCAUGGAGCACUCCACCACCCUAUUUUGACAUUCCUAAAUAUAUUGUACAAGGUGUAUAAAAAAAGGUAUACAAUUUUGAAAUUGCUCUCAACUUCACGGUGCGACUCUAGGUAUGAAGUUUUGGAUUAAUAUAGAUUGUUUGGGUUUUUAUAAUGUAGCAUAAAUGAAAAAAUUAUGAAAAAUAAAUUUGCAAAACCAGGGGGGGGGGGGUGAGUGUAUUUUCCAACAAAUUAAAAAUGGCUUGUGUACAAAAUUUGGAUACUUAAAAGUUAUUUUGAGUUAGUGGGUAUGAAAUUUGGUUGGAAUUUAAUUGCUGUUCAAAAUUUCAGAAAAUUUGCUUUAAGCCCAACAUAUUUCCAACCCACUAACUCAAAAUAACUUUUAAGUAUUCAAAUUCUGUGUGCAAGCUGUUUUUGAUCUGUUGGAAACAACAGUCUCCCCUGGGUUUUGAAAAUUUAACUUUCAAAUGUUUUUCAUUUAUUUUGCAUUAUAAGAAACCAAAUAAUCUAUGUUAAUCAAAAACUUCUUACCUGGAUCCACUUUGUGAAUUUGAAAGCAAUUUAAAAAUUGUCAAAUUUUUUUUAUACACCCUGUAUUUUGUGGUAAAUUUUUCAAAUAUCAGCCAUACACUUUCCACACUUUCUAUUCGGGUACCAACCUACUUUAAUUAUGUACACUAAAUGAUCAUCACUGAUGUAGGUAGGUAGCAAAAUAAUCUUCUGAAAGUUAUUGUUUUAUAGUCAUAAUUGCAACAUGUACAAUAAGUUCAUAUAUUGUUGUAAUAUGUUCAAAAAUAUAUCGUUUUACCUCAUCAAAAAACAAAAUGCAGUUCAUUCAGUGUCUUCCAUGUUUGAUCUUCAUGCUUACAUUCUUUUCAGUAUCCAAGUUUUCCAUUGAUAGAUACUAAUUAAUAUGUUAUAUGUGAUUUGUGAGAAUAAUAUUAAUAUGUUAAUUUCUUAUUCAUAUAGAAUUACAUUUAAUUUUUAUUUAUGUGUUUACACUUUAGUUCAUGAACAGUCCAUGCAGCUUUCUUGAUAGAAGUAAAGUGAAAAGGCUGGUAACAAUUGUUAAUUUUGGAAUCCCAGAAGACAUUGGUAAAGAAGUUAUGUCCAUGCUUCUUCUUAAAGCAAGCAUUCAGCAUAUCAUACUCAAAGAACUUGAUGAACAAUGUAGAAACCUUUGCAAGAUAAAGAAGAGUGGUGGUUGCAUAGGACCAUCUGUUCUUUUAGUACCCAGCAGCAAUACACAAGAAUGUGUAUCAUCUCCAUGA